CUCUACUCAUGAUGAGUAUAAAUAACAAGAGCUAGCUAGCUUCUCUACUCAUAAAAUAUCAUCCAUCUCAUGUAAUAAACAAAAAUUGAAUUUAUUAUAAUUGAGAAAAAAAUAUGCCAAGAGAUCCUCUAAUAGUUUCUGGAGUUGUUGGAGAUGUUGUUGAUCCAUUCACAAGGUGUGUAGACUUUGGUGUGGUUUACAACAAUAGGGUGGUCUACAAUGGAUGUGCCUUGAGGCCUUCACAAGUUGUCAAUCAACCUAGGGUUGACAUUGGUGGAGACGAUCUUCGCAAUUUUUACACUCUGAUUAUGGUGGAUCCUGAUGCUCCAAACCCUAGCAAUCCAAACCUGAGGGAAUAUUUGCACUGGCUGGUCACAGAUAUCCCAGCAACCACAGGGGCAACCUUUGGCAAUGAAGUUGUACACUACGAGAGCCCACGACCCUCGAUGGGAAUCCAUCGUUAUAUUUUCGUGUUGUUCCAGCAAUUGGGCCGCGAGGCCAUCAAUGCGCCGGACAUAAUCGAUUCUCGUCAAAAUUUCAACACAAGAGACUUUGCAAGGUUUCACAAUCUAGGUUUGCCUGUUGCUGCUAUUUACUUCAAUUGCAAUAGGGAAGGUGGUACCGGUGGUCGUCGCCUAUAAAUCACCCCC